CCAAUGUAAACAUCUGAAAUGCUAUUUCAUUCCCACGUUCACACUUUGGGAACCGGCUGAUGACACUUCCUCCCCGUGGUUCUUGCGCUGUCCGGGUGGAUUAAGGCUCAGCGCGCGCGGCUCUGCGUCGCAAUGUCCGCGCGUCUCGCCGUGGAGGAGCGCGUCAAAGCUUGUAACACAUUCCAGCAGAGGGAAAGCGAGAGACGCAGCGCCAGCGUGUCUGUGUGAGAGCGGGAAGAAAUGCAUGAAUGGAGUCUUGGUCAAACCUGGGUGGCCAUUACGCACCUGGCGUUUCGUUUCUGACCAUUAUCAGCGAAGGAGCGGAACAUCUGGGUUAGUUCUCACGAUAUAAUCGGGGCUACGGAGAGGUGACAAAGGGAGCGAGAAUGGAUGCCGAGAGUCUUAUUAAACACUUCCAGCGAGACCCGGAGGCCACUUUAAUGCCGCUGUCAGCCACCUCUGACUGGCUGGACGACGGAAACGAGACCACUGGGAACCAGUUCCAGCAGCCCGACUGGCAGGUGGCUCUGUGGGCCAUCGCCUACUCCCUCAUCAUCCUGGUGUCCAUCACCGGGAACGUCACUGUGAUCUGGAUCAUCCUCGCUCACAGACGCAUGAGGACCGUAACCAACUACUUCAUCGUCAACCUGGCCUUUUCGGAUGCCUCCAUGGCAACGUUUAACACCCUCUUCAACUUCGUCUAUGCACUUCACAACGACUGGUACUUCGGCCUGGGUUACUGCAGAUUUCAGAACUUCUUCCCCAUCAUGGCCAUGUUUUCAUCAAUAUACUCAAUGGCUGCCAUCUCAGUGGACAGGUACAUGGCGAUCAUCCACCCGCUGAAGCCUCGCCUCUCCUCCACCUCCACAAAGGUGGUGAUUGCCCUGAUUUGGAUUGUCGCCUUCUCGCUGGCUUUCCCUCAGUGCUACUACAGCGUAACGACAUUUUACUACCCCAGGACGGUGUGCAUGGUCGACUGGCCGGAUGAUUACGGAGGAACCCACCAGCUAAGUUACCAGUUUGCGGUGAUAUUGCUGAUCUACUUGCUCCCCCUGCUGGUCAUGUUGGUGACCUACAGUUUAGUGGGUCGCUCGCUGUGGGGCGGACACAUCCCCGGAGAGGCGACCGAGCAUUACCACAGCCAGAUCACAGCCAAGAGGAAGGUGGUGAAGAUGAUGGUGGUUGUGGUGGUGACCUUUGCCCUCUGCUGGCUACCUUACCAUGUCUAUUUUAUUCUGGGGUCGUUUAACAGAGACAUAUAUAAGCAACAUUACAUUCAGCAGGUGUAUCUGGCUAUUUUCUGGCUGGCAAUGAGUUCGACUAUGUAUAAUCCAAUAAUUUACUGCUGUUUGAACCAAAGGUUUCGGGCCGGUUUCCGUCACGCUUUCGCUUGGUGUCCCCUCAUCAAAGUGUCAGAGGAAGACAAGAUGGAGCUGCAGUACACGCACACCUUCAGGGUCACGGUGACACGCAGCCGCCGCAGUGACACCUCACACACGCACGCCUCUAUCAAAGCAAGCAACGCGAACUCAGAGAAAGACGCUUGCUUGCAGCGGAAAAAGUUUCCAUGCAGCAGUCAAAACUCCCAUGUGAUUACGAAGCAGGACGACUCCAGACCCUCACCGGCUAAGAUGGUGGCACACGACCUCUGACCUCUGAGCAGCAUCAUGUUGAAAACACAGCAGAAAGAGCAGGAGCUGAGGAAGACGUUGGAGAAAGAUCUGCUCAGACUUGGAAAUCUAUUGAGUGCUGUUUGUAAAGUUACGGAGUAAAAACUAAAAAUAUUUUUGGUUUAUUCAGCCUGACAGAGAAAACAAAUAUAAUGUUAAUAAUUUCAACGUCAUAUUUUCACCAUGUUGUUCAUACAUUUAUAAAUGUCAGAGGUCCAAACUAAAUAUUUAACCUGCAACCUCGAUGUUUAGUUCACAAGCUAAAUAUUUAGCAACCUAGAUAUUUAAUUAGCAAGCUAUAGAUUUAGUUUGAAAAAUAUGAAAUUGAAAUGUUUAGCUUGGAAAUUAAAGGUUUAGUUUUGAAAGUAAAUAUUUAGUAUGGAACUAAAUAUUUAAUUAGCAAACUAAAUAAUUA